ACCGGGGCCGAGGCCAGGUCAUAUAUAUGGUCACGAGUCAUGGUGAUGGUGGAAUGGAAAGGGUUCAUUUCUCUAACUCUUAAAAUAAAAACAAGUCGAUUAUAUUUAUAUAUAUAUAUGGUCACAAACCACAGCAGCAUCUCAGAGCCUGAGCUGAGCUGACCUGACCUGCUGCACCACCCACCACCACACCCCCCUUCCUUCCUUGCAAUAACUCUCAUUUAUUUUCCCUCUCUUUCUUUUCUCCCAAACAACAAACCAAACCCAAACCAACAUAUCACGUGACAUUCACGUGACUUUCAUCUCCUAUUUCUCUUCUCCUCCGCUAUCGGCUAUUCUAUUCUAAUAUAUAUAUAAAUAUCUCUCUCUCUCUCUCACACUAACUCUCUUUUUUUUUUCUUUUUAUUCUCUGAACCAUAAAUAUGGCUUUUCAAUUUUCUCCACCAUCACCGCCAUUGACGACCUUCUUCCCCUCCACAGCCGUGCCUCCUCCUCCUUCCCCGAUUCCUCACCAUCACUCUCCUUCUCUCAGUCCGAGCAUUCUCAUCAUUAUUCUAAUUCUAGUCGUCACUUUGGUUGCCUCGGUCUCCCUAUGCUAUCUACUCCGUCACCUCAACCGUCGGUGCCUCCGCCAUCUCCAACCUUCUUCUUCGACGUCCUCCUCUGCUGCUCCAGUUACAAACUUAGACUCUCUUCGCUCCAGCCGCCGUGUCUCGCCGGAGAAUCCUACCACUGCGCUUAUUGAGUCGCUGCCUCUGUUCUCAUUUUCUUCUCUCACUCGACGGAAUACUUCGGCCGCCGAUUGUGCAGUUUGUUUGUCUAAGUUUGAAGCAGACGACCAACUCCGGCUUCUCCCGCUGUGUUGCCAUGCCUUCCACUCUCUCUGCGUCGACACAUGGCUUCAGUCGAACCAAUCAUGUCCUCUGUGUCGAUCGCCAAUCUUCGCAUCGGAAGCUGAAAUUCUGAAGAGGCUUCUGCCGCCGGAGGGAGAGAAUCUCAGCGGUGACAGUUUCCGAAUAGAAAUUGGCAACGUCAGUCGCCGCCAAGCUACUUCGGAUUCGGGCGCAUCAGCACGACGGUCAUAUUCCAUCGGAUCGUUCGAAUAUCUUGUGGACGACGAUUCGGAGAUCUUCCUCGGCAAUGCUCACCAUAGAACAACAUCCGAUUUCAAGGAAGAUCAAUUCAGACCGCCACCUGCAUCUCACUUGCCGGCGCCGGAGCCGAGUCUUGUGGCGGAAAAUGCCUCAGGGAGAAGCUGGCUUAAGGAGUAUGUAGAUAGACUAUCAAUGUCGCUAUCUUCACGUGCUCAAUCGUUUCGGAGUUCUGGUAGAUUUUUCAGCGGAAGCAGUCGGCGGAGCGAGAUCACAGGCGUCGGAGACUGGGACCUCGAAGCUUGCCGUGUUGGGGAAGAGAUUAGCGAACUGUUCCGGUGGGCCUCAGGGGUAUGAUCCGUAAAUAAGAUGCUUUUUUAGGACUAAAUAGUAAAAAGAAAAGUUAUUAAAAGAAAUUCUUUGAUUUGGUUUGGUUAAUUGUUACGUAUAUACAAUUUUUAUUACUAUAUUUUUGUUUUACUGCUUGAACUUGAUGAAGACCGAAGACCCAAGAAGACCAUGAGAAAAUGAGAAUGAGAUUUGGCAUUUUUUCGUGAUCUGGUGUGUGAAGACACACAGUAAUAAAUGGUGUGCUCUUCAUUUAUGAUAGAUCACCGAGUUAGUGACCAACCUUUUUAAUGAAAAAGAAAAAGAAGAAGAAGCCAAUAUAUUUGACCCCACUAUUUCUUUUCUUCUUUUUAUUAUGUAUAAUAAUAAUAAUAACUAUUAAAUAUUUAUCUUGUUAAUUUUAAAUUUUGGUAAAUGUCACCA